UUCGACUACGGAGUGUUUAGCGUAAUCAUCAACAUAUUGUGCCAUACUUUCUAUUCAGUUUGUGUACUAGGUGGUCUACAGCUUUGUCAUACAGUAUUUUCGCCAUAUAAGAAUGUACAGUUCCACUCAAUUAGUGGUGUCUGUCAUCAUUUUAACAGCACUAACCUCAGGAGGAAAUUGCCAAACUGCAAACAAAUGCAAACUUGAAUUUCUGAAGAAAAUUAAUGACAAUGUUUGGAAACAAAUCGGCAUUCCAACGGACAUUUUGAAAACAGCGUCUGAAGCUGGCAAGGAGUACAUAGUAAGGACCACAGAAGGUUACUACCCUGCAGACGUGAAAUGUGCUUACACUGUGUUUGGGGAUGAGGGUAAAACUGUACAGCUGAUCACAAUCUCUGGGACUAAAUCAAGCCAUCCGGAAAAAGACCCUUUGGAAGAACACGAUGGGGUAGUCGAGGAAGAAGAUACUCAUAUCAAGAGAGUUCACAUCUACAGCAAAGAAGGCGUUGUCGUUUGGUACAAGUGUUUAGAUGAAGGCGAUGAUGGUCCCAUAGAAGUGGCUAUGAAAGUGAAGGAAAAUUCUUUCGACCCUGACAAGGUGACACAAGUCAAAGCCUUGAUACUGAAUGAACUUGGAGUAGAUUUGAAACAAGAUUACAACCAUGAUUGUGCUGUUGACGGGGGAAAUGGCAACCUGUAGAUGUUUCUAAAAAUGAUUUUUAUAGUAA